CUUUAGAAAAAAGAAACUUGGAUUUUAUACAUGAUGGGACCCUAAGCGAUUUUGGCAUGAUACAGAGAUUAGCAAAAGGAAGCUAGAACAAUUCAAAGCGUUUGCCUGAGAGAGGUGAACAAGCAAUUCCCAGCGUGCAGGGUGUGCAGUAUCCUUUCCCUUAGCUGCUUGCUUGCUGACGGACCUUGGUUCCCAAACAACAAAGAAGCCCAAAGGUGUCAUUAAAGGCCAACUAACAUGGUCCAGCUUACGGUCACCCCUGAAAGAGCACUUGCUGACUCACCAGUAUGGAUCCGAGCCUUAGACCUGACCCCCUCCCAGCCAGUGACCCUGCAUUCAUCACUGAUAGAUGAGAAAGGAGUGAAGUUUGAAGCCAGAGCCUUCUACUGGGCAAAUGAGGCUGGAGAAGUGGAUGUGAAGGAGGCGUCUGCUGUUGGCGGUGACUACAGAGGCGUGUGUCCCAUGGGCCUCUUCUGGUCCCUAAAGCCAGAGAAGAUGUUCCACAGAUUGAUUAAACGUGAUGUAAUAGGUAGUCCCUUCCAUAUCCAGAUCAGUCUUUUUGGUUCUUUUGUUCUGAUGCCUUCAGCAAAAGAUACACCACUGGCUACUUGUUCUAUCGAGAGGUGGUUUGUGGCCCCUGGAGUGGAACGGUUCCAGAUCAAGGAAGGUCAAGUUCGGGGGGCCCUUUUCUUGCCUCCAGGGCCUGGCCCAUUCCCAGGUGUGAUUGAUAUGUUUGGUGGUGGCGGAGGGCUCAUUGAGUUCCGAGCUGGCCUGCUGGCUAGUAAAGGCUUUGCUGUUUUGGCGCUGGCCUACUUUGCAUAUCAGGAUCUGCCACAGACCUUGGUGGAAGUGCGUCUGGAGUACUUUGAAGAAGCUGCCAAGCUGCUCUUAAAACACCCUAAGGUUAGAGGCCCAGGACUUGGAGUCAUUGGGGUAUCCAAAGGAUCUGAGAUUGCACUGGCCAUGGCUUCCUUCUUAGAGCAAAUAGUCGCUGCAAUCUGUAUCAAUGGUACCACAACUAUGAAUGGUGCACCACUUCGCUUUCGAGAUAUCUACAUCCCUGCCGUCCGCUACUACCCAGAGAAGUAUCUCAUAAACAGCAUGGGAGCACUGUGCGGCCAUCAUAUCGUUGGAGAUCCUCUGGAUGAGGCACAUCAAGACUCUGUCAUCCCUUUAGAGAAGGCCCAUGGGCCAGUCCUCUUUGUGGUAGGAGAAGACGAUAAUGCCUUCAGCAGCAAGUUGUUUGCAGAGCUGGCAAUAGCCAGAGCAAAGAAGUAUGGGAAAAACAAUUGUACUUUGUUGUCUUAUCCAAAGGCUGGACACCUCAUAGAACCCCCUGGUUCCCCAGUAUGCAUGUGCUCCUGGAUCCCACGUACUCCCAAACCUACACAAUGGGGAGGAGAAAUGGAGCCUCAUGCCAAAGCCCAGGAGCACUCCUGGAAGGAGAUCCAGAAAUUCCUUGAGCUUCACCUCGGUUCAGCUGGAAGCAGCAACAUGUAAUCUAAUUUUCCAGUAUCCCAAACGGAAUAAAAUAAAAAUUCAUAGCUCAA